AUGGGUGCUGAUUUCCCCGUCCACGUACAGGAUGUUACAAUCACUUCUUUCAAAGUCAUUGACCUACGAUUCCCUACGAGCCUAGACGGUGUAGGGUCGGAUGCUAUGCAUGUAGGCACGAACGGCUCACAUCCUUACAUCCAGCUGAAAACAAAUAAAGGAUCUCUGAUUGGAGAGGGCAUUGCAUUUAGCAACGGCCGAGGCAGCGAGCUGAUCUGCAUGGCGCUUGACAUAUUCGCCCGACGGGUCGUGGGUAAAACUAUGCAUGAACUGACACGCGACAUGGGAAAGACAUGGAGGUACAUGGUAUCUGACUCACAAUACCGCUGGAUCGGCCCUGAGAAGAGUGUCACUCACUUGGCCGUCGCGGGAGUAUUGAAUGCUGUUUGGGACCUCUGGGGCAAGAUCCUGGGAAAACCAGUCUGGAAGAUCGUCUGUGACAUGGAUCCGGAGGAGGUCGUGAGAUGUAUUGACUUUCGCUACAUUACGGAUGUUAUCACACCCGAGGAAAGCAUUGAGAUGCUCAAGAAAACACAAAAGGACAAAGAGUCUCGCCUGCAAGAAGCUCUCGAAAAUCGAGCGGUUCCAGCCUACACCACGUCUCCGGGGUGGUUAGCUUUCUCUGGAGACCGGAUGAGAGAGGUACUCCAAGAAACCAUUGCGGCAGGAUAUACUACGUUCAAGUUCAAGGUUGGAACCAAUGUGGAGGCUGAUCGGGAACGUUUGGCCGCAGUGAGAGAGGUUCUGGGAUAUGAUCAAGGACACCAAAUCAUGAUCGAUGCCAAUCAAGUCUGGAGUGUUCCCCAAGCAAUCGAAUACAUGAAACAGCUGGUGGAAUUCAAACCGGUGUUCAUUGAAGAACCAACCAACCCGGAUGAUGUUUUGGGACAUGCGACUAUUCGCAAGGCUCUCAGACCGUACGGUGUUGGCGUCGCAACAGGCGAGGCGGCACAAAAUCGCGUCACUUUCAAGCAACUCUUGCAGGCGGAGGCGACCGAUGUUUGUCAAAUCGAUGCCGUGCGACUUGGCAGCGUCAAUGAAUGUCUUGCCGUCAUGCUCAUGGCACUGAAAUUCAAUGUCCCAUGUGUACCUCAUAAUGGUGCCAUGGGUCUCACAGAAUUGACAUCUCACUUGAGCACAAUUGAUUAUAUCGCUAUCAGCGGACGCAAAUCAAUGCUCGAGAAUGCCGAUAGCCACCGGGAAAAUCUACGCCAUCCUUCCAAGAUUGAGAAUGCGCACUAUGUCACACCACUCGAUCCAGGAUAUUCCACGGGCUAUACUGACACAGCUUUGGAGAAGUAUACGUAUCCAUCAGGGAGUUUCUGGGAGAGUGAUAUUGGUCUUGAAAUCAUUGCUCAGCCCACUGGGGGAGAGUUGUAA